CGUUGUGCUGGGAAGUCAGAUGGGUGUGCUUGAUAUUUUCGUACUGAAAGUCAAGGCAUGUGAACUGAUAACAUGACAGUGAACACUUCAAGGUGAUAAGAGAUGCUGCAGCCAGCAGCGCAGACAGUUGCGUUAAAUGAGCUGAAGGUAAGUCAUGUUCUGGCUCUGGCUCUGUGUCGUUAUUUUGCCAGCUCUGCUGCUGCUGGCGUUGACUGCAACGCCGCGUCUGCGCCGACUGCAGCGGGUGCAACAGCUGGCGAAGCAUUUGCCAGGACCACCCGCCUGGCCACUGCUAGGACAUGCACAGCUUUUCAUGGGCCUGGAGCCUGCGCAGGUGUGUGAGCUCAUUAACGAGCUGGCCAUUAAAUAUAAUGGCACCUUCAAGCUGUGGCUGGGCUUCAAUUUCAGCAUUAUGCUGUUCAAUCCCUGCGAUGUGGAGCACGUGCUGGGCAGCAGCCAGCUGCUCGACAAGGCCAUGGAGUAUGACUAUCUGCGUGGCUGGCUGAACGAGGGUCUGUUGGUCAGUCGGGGGCGCAAGUGGCAUCGUCGUCGUAAGAUUAUUACGCCUGCUUUCCAUUUUCGCAUUUUGGAGCCGUAUGUGGAGAUUUUCGACAGACAGACGCGUCAGCUGUUGAAGCAACUGGCACAAGCUUGCCAAGAUCAGCAGCUGGUGGAACUGGGGCAUUUUGCGCAUUUAUGCACCUUGGAUAUUAUUUGUGAAACCGCAAUGGGUGUAUCGAUCAAUGCGCAGACAAAUGUAGAUUCGGAGUACGUGCAGGCGGUGAAGACUAUAUCGAUGGUUCUGCACAAGCGCAUGUUCAACAUAUUCUAUCGCUUUGAGCCAACAUAUAGACUGACAAUGCUGGCGCGAGAGGAGCGACGUGCACUCAACGUGCUGCACAGCUUUACAGAGAAGAUCAUAGUGCAGCGGCGACAGGAGCUGCUACAGCGCGCUGGUGCAUCCACAACAGAGGCGGAUGCGGCUGCUGAUGUGGAUGCGGAUGUGGGGGCCAAGCGCAAAAUGGCAUUCCUGGACAUAUUGCUGCAGUCGAGCAUUGACGAUAAGCCGCUGAGCAAUAUGGACAUACGGGAGGAGGUGGAUACAUUCAUGUUCGAGGGUCACGACACCACCUCCUCGGCUAUCAUGUUCUUCUUCUAUAAUAUAGCAUUGCAUGCAGAUUGCCAACGCAAGUGCUACGAAGAGAUUAUCCAAGUGCUGGGCAAGGACAAGGCAACGCCAGUCAACUACGAACUACUCAAUAAGCUCCACUAUGUUGAUCUGUGCAUCAAGGAGACAUUGCGCUUGUAUCCCUCAGUGCCACUGCUGGGCCGCAAGGUGCUCCAAGAGUGUGAAAUAAAUGGCAAGAUUAUACCCGCUGGUACAAAUCUGGGCAUUUCACCUUUGUUCAUGGGUCGCUGUGCGGAACUGUUUAGUGAUCCUAAUAGCUUCCUGCCGGAACGCUUUGAUGUGGUUACUAGUGCAGAGAAGCUCAAUCCCUAUGCCUACAUACCCUUCUCCGCCGGACCGCGCAACUGCAUCGGUCAGAAGUUUGCCAUGCUGGAGAUCAAAGCAAUUGUGGCCAAUGUACUGCGACACUACCAUAUCGAGUAUGCUGGCAAUGCCACCGAGCCACCAGUUCUCAUUGCUGAACUCAUUUUGCGCACCAAGGACCCUUUAAUGUUUAAACUAAAACAACGAACGGAUUAAUUCGAUUCAGUCAUAUUUAAGUUAAAUAACCAUAUUACAACUGCCGAAAACCAAGUGUAUAAAAU